AAUAAAUACUGUUCGUGUAGCAGGCGACUUACAAUCAGCUGACUGUGUAAACAAAUGCUAGUUUUCGCUUUUAGUAUUUACAAAGAAACUAGAAAAUUUUAGAAAUUCUUUUCUGGAAGAUUUAUCUGAAGUCAGAAUCGUAUAUUUAAAAUAACGCAUAUUCAAUAAAACCAAUGUAGUUUGAAAUAUUUUGGUUUGAUUACCUUGUUCGGAGCUUUAAUAAGGGGGCGUAAGAUGUGCUCUACUCUGAGCAAACCAGAGUCGCGCUUGGCGGUAGUUACAUUUUUUGCAAGAACACAUCCCGGGGAUGUAUGCGGCACCAACGGAUUACCACUUACACCAAACUCCAUUGCAAUAUUAGGGCGAGCUCAACGUUUAAAGGAGUUGAGAAAUCCUCAUUUGUGCCAAUACUUAGAUUUCGUACGUGGUAAGCACGAGCGCACAAUUGUAGUUUCGGAAUACUUUGGCACGACGUUAAAGGAAAAAUCUCGAGGUUCCCUAACCGAUACGUUGGUAUCCCGUAUAUUUUAUCAGAUUGUUUCCGCGCUUAGAGAACUUUCACAGCAUAAUUUAGUCAUACAUAACUUGGAACCAAAAAAUAUACUGCUUGAUGAGCGCGAUAAUGUAAAACUGUUCAAUUACGGGCUAUACCAUAUGACCAAAUGUGGAGACUAUGUUCCUUUUCCUAUUGGGUAAGUAUUGUUCAAGAGCUUAGCAUCUCCCGUUUUUACUGAAAUGCAGGGACUGUAGCUGUAAUGCUUCUUUCC